AUGCCGCUCGAAGUGCCCGAGGAUGUCCUGUACAUUCUGUGCGACAAACUCGCUGAUGCCAAGGAUUUUGAUACUCUGUUCCAAUGCGCUCUUACCGCCAAACGCUUUGCCGUGCCAGCCUUGACAACUCUCUAUCGCCAUCACGAUGCUUCCCCCGUUAUCGGUGGAGGCGGAGACGGCCAACCUCCUCCGAAGGUGCAGAAGUGGUCGAUUAUGUGGCGCUCCAUCAUCGCCUCAAGUCUCGAGGCCACCGCUUUCCCAUAUUGCCGAUAUAUCAAGACUCUGGAUUUUCGCGAUUUGAUUGUGCUCUUGGAGCUCUUUCAAGAUCCGCGAUUCAUGCGCAAAGAUAUCAUCAAAGAUUUCUUUUCGGGAGAAAUGUCUGGAUUCAAGAUCAUGAACAAGGUUGGAAGGAAGGGAGUCUUAGAUGUCAGCGCAACUGUCGAGGCUAUCGGAGACGCCAUGACUCCGCACACGCCAUUUGUUGAGGUCAUCACUGGAAAUGUCAAGGCCAGCGCACUCAUCAAGUGGCCACCAAGGCUCCCGCGAUUGACCUCGCUACAGCUGUGGGCAGGCGAUGCGCUCAGCGAUCCUAAAGCACAAGAUGCCAUCAUCGAGCAUUGUCCAAAAUUUAAUGCUCUCAGCUUCUACAUCUGGAUUGGCGAAGCUGCCGACCAACAGCUCGCUUCUUUCCUCUCUGGGCUGCAACCCCAACAGCUGAAAUACUUCGAGACAAUCAGCCAUGCCGACCUCGGUGAGGGGGCAUUACUAUCACUUAGCUCCCACGGCCAGUCUCUCAAAAACUUGAAAAUGGCCUUGCGACCCAGUACCAUAGCACAUCUCGGUCUGCUCAAGACUUGCACGGCGCUUGAGAGCUUGGAACUCGAAUAUUCCAAUUCCCGAGAGAACCCGCUUGACCUUGAGGCUACGCAACAUGAUGUCUUCGUCGAAGUUCAACAAUGGCUGCGUGAGUGCAAGAACCUGAACAGCCUGCUAUUCAGCGGUAUUGUCUCCGCCCUCAAGCUGGUGACGCCUGUCCUUCUUCAGCACGAAAUCAAGCUUUCUCACCUUAGUGUCGACUGUUACGAGGCACACAAUGCAGCAGAAUUCCACCGAGCUUUGACACACCAGACAAGCCUGCAGUGGCUUCAGCUGACGGCUGACUCAGACGCAAUGACUAGAGAUGAUAUUGAUCUUGUCGUCGAGACACUUACACAGCUGGAGCAACUGAGGCAUAUCAAGCUCAUUGGAGUGUCGGACUACUUUAAUGACGAACAUAUCAUUGCACUUGCAAGAAGCUUGCCUCAUCUGGACGAUGUCUACUUCACCGGUCUCCAGGUCGGCGAUGCCAUUCUUGCUGACCUCGCUAAGCUUAGAGACCUUCGCCGUCUUGAGGUUGCUUCGAUAAGCACGUUUACCUUCGAAGGGUUACUAGAUUUUGCAGAACGACUCGGACCUGGCAAUCGGGGGAUUGAGUUCAGGGUGGAAGCUGCGGCGCCAGAAAGCAAGCUUUCGGACGAAGAGCUGCAGGUCAUCAACCAGCAAUUAGCCGCAAAGGUGGACGGCAAGUUGGAAUGGGUGCUAUACAGAGAUCCGCAGGAGGAACAGAUUGACGAGUCCGAUUCGGAUUAA